AUGGUGAAAGACAAAGACACCGUGAUUAGCGAGUUCAAUGAGCUUGUUAAUAUGACCCCGAAUGAGCUUCGCGAGUGGCUCAAAGAAGAACAGUCGCAGUCGUCAGGAUGGACUAGUGAAUCAGGUGAGACUAUCGGUCACGAGAGUGGUCGGAAGAUAGUCGAUAUCUUGGAGCACAAUCCAAGUCGAAAGCCCUCUGGCUAUGGCGAGUCUGAUAUCGAUCAUAUGCGUAAGGUUGUGUCUUACUGCAAGCGUCAUAUAGCCCAGGAGGAGACUGCCAAGAAAAACCCCGACAGCAAAAGCUAUCGUUCACUCAAGAACUGGGGACACGAUGCUUUGAAGCAGUAA